UUUUUCAGUUCUGCAACUCAUGAAAUGCUUGUUAUCUUAAGUGUGCGAUGCCUACGUGAACUGAUAUUCCUCAAAACAGAUGAAUACUGUGUAGUCCAAUAGUAUGAAUAUGAUGUUUUUUUAAAUGAGCUAUACAGAAGCAGCUGGGCAAAGAGGGCGGAAAACAUUAGGGAAAGAAAGAUGAUGAAUGGAUGACAUCACUUUAAUUCCCUCCUCCUCUAACAGCCGUUGCUUUUCAAGGCAGACUGUAGCAGAAGCAGAAUCGCCGUGGCCGCACAUCUGGGCUAAAGGGAACACAGCUGGAUUUAGACGGGCAUAGAUUCAAUCAAGCCAGCACCAUCAUGAGCUCCAACACCACAGAGACGGCUACUUUAGGCCUCACAACGGGUAACGCCACGGUCCACGAGGGCAGCCAUGGCAACUGUAGCUCAGAGGGCUGGGAUUGGCUGUACACCAUGCAGCCGGUCUACAUGCUGGUGAUCUGCGUGCUGGGCAUCGCUGGGAACGUCUUCGUCCUCUCCGUCUUCUGCCUGCACAAGAAGGCCUGCACGGUGGCGGAAAUCUACUUGAGCAACCUGGCUGUUGCAGACUUGGUCUUCGUCUCCUGCCUACCCUUCUGGGCCAUCAGCGUGUGGAAUGAGUUUGACUGGCAGUUCGGGCAGGUGAUGUGUCGCCUGGUCAACAUGGGCAUCAAGGUCAACAUGUACUGCAGCGUCUACAGCCUGGUCCUGGUGAGCUUCGAUCGCUACGUGGCGUUGGUCCACACCAUGUCCCACGGGCGAAUGCGGAGGGCGUCCUACGCCAAGCUGAGCUGCCUGGCCAUCUGGUGCCUGGGCAUUCUCAUGAGCAUCCCAGUUGUCAUUUUCAGGAAGGUGGAAUACAUAGAAGAAUUUGAUGUGGACGCCUGCAUUCUGGAUUACCCGUCGUUUGCGGUGGAGGUGGCCUGCGACCUGCUCCUGGUCCUUUUGGGGUUCCUCAUACCUCUGUCGGUCAUCUCCUACUGCACGUGUAAGAUCAUCCAGGCUUUGAAGAAUCAGAACGUGAACAAGUUCAGCGCGGUGAGGACAGAGAAGAAGGCUACUCUCCUGGUGCUUUUCGUAUUGCUGGCGUUCAUGUUUUGUUGGAUUCCGUUUCACCUCGUCACGUUUCUCGACGUUGUUGUUCGGGUCAUGGGUCUCACCGAAUGUGAACUGAUCAAUGGCCUUGAGAUCAGCAACCAGGUGUUCACCUACCUGGCUUUUAGUAACAGCGUGUUGAAUCCCAUUUUAUAUGUGAUUGUUGGAAAGAACUUCAGAAAGAAAGUUAAGGAGGUCUUUGAGCAAAUAUAUCAGAAAAGAACAAGAGUGACUGGAUCAACUCGGUCAAAUCUGUCAUCAACACUGAAAACCAUUAUUUGAGCUGUUUUACAAACGAAAUAUGUGAUUAGACGCCUGUGGCCUCCAUUUCACUCCUAGAAAUUGAAGAAUUAAGCUGAUAAUCAAUUUUUCAAUUGUUAAAAUAUAUUAAAUAUUUAUGAUAUUUAUAAUAGUUUAUGUAUAUAAUGUUCUUUCCAUUUAAUGUUUACUAUUUAUGUGUGAUUCCAUGCAAAAAUGUACAUCCUGUGUAAUAUGUAAAAUGUUCUCACAGAUCUGAUUGCAUAUCAGAAUGUUGAAUGGCUUAUUUAUCAAACAUAUAAUUGAAUAGAUGCUAACCCUGAAGCACCAGCAGAAGCAGGCCCAGAUAGUAUGACAAAUCAUAUGUUAUUUAAAAAAUGGAACUCUAAACAAAAACUAGCAUUAAGGGAAAACAGCAACUAACUACAAAAUGCCCCCCGCCCUUUAAGUUGACCUGUAGCAUUCUAAGAUUUACUUUCUAACAUCUGUGUUAUACAGUCAUUGCUUCCAAAUAGUACACCAGUAUUGGGAGACCUAAUGACUUAUUCCCUCCCUCUUGUGUAAUAAUGGGGGAAAGCCUGUUGCCUAAAUCUCUCUUUACUUGAGCAAUACUAUGACCAACUAUUGUGCUUUGCCUAGUGGGACUCUCAAAAACACUCAGGAUCUAGGUUCUAUUCCUUGGGGCAUGUCACUACACCAAGACCUAGUGCUUAACCUGACCCAGGAAAUACCCAUGUUACAGAGUGCAACUCAAGUAAAAUUUGUAAAUGUUGAAGCAGUAUUGAAAGACUUUUUAAAGUCAGCAUGUGAACAUAAGCAAAGAUCAAUACGUAACUGCUGAUGUUCUUAUGAAAAUAAGCAUUUAUAAAAUGCAUUUAUAAAUGUAGGCAGAUGCUUUUUUUGAAAUAGAAGAUUUAAGGACAUAUGUUCUUUUUUAUUUUAUUUGAAAUAAGAAUAAAAUAAGAACAACUCAGUAUAUAUAACAAAAUAGAAAUUAAACAUUGAUGAAGACCAAGCAGUAUUAAUUAAUUUGUUUGUGUAUGUAUAUGUGUGUGGACAUGUAUUUUGUUAAGUGUAUCAUUUCAAGAGAAGCUAUGUAAUGUAAAGUAUCAUAUGUGCUUUUUUCUGUUGUUAAAACACAUGUAUUGUGUGUAUAUGUGUCAUAUGAAGCAAAUGUACCAUGCAGACAUAGUCCAUAAAUUUUCCACAAAUAAAAUUAAGAGAACAGUG